AUGCAGUCCUACGGUUGCUUCUAUCGCCUCCUUGGAGAAAAUGGCCCUGUGAAGAGCUACCUCCCUCAGCACUGGAACGACCAUCACCCAGACCUACCUGAAUCCAUCUUUAACACCGAAGCCAUCCCGGAGCUCUUUUAUUCUUUCCCUCUCUAUGAUGGCGCCAGCAUCGUUGGGUUCACGUGUCAUGUUGGCAACGCAGUGAUUCGUGGACAGGUCAAACCGAAAAAGAAGGCCGAGGAGGUAUAUCAGAAGGCCAAGUCGAGGGGACAGACCGCUGCCAUUUUCGAUCAAUCAUACGAUGCAGCUGAUAUCUUCAAAACUCGCCUAGGGAAUCUUCCUGCUGGAGGCAAGACCGAUGGAAUUCGAUACACAGUCCCGAUCACGAUCGCGCCACGAUACGGUACUCAAAAUAACGAUCAGACACCUCGAGCGUUUGAGGGUAUUGCUAUCAAGACGGCUAUUAAAGUUGAUAUGGUGAUGGAAAGGGGCUUUGAUAUUCGCAAUAUUCUGUCGCCAACUCACCCUAUCGAGGUGAAUAUCGGUCGGACAUCGACCAUGCCAGAAACUGCUUUCAAAUCGUGCUGUGCAUCUGUCAAACUUCGGGAGAAUGUGGUAAUUCAGGAGGAUUUUGUUGCGACAGUCGGCUUAAGCAAGCAAGAUCUUCCCUUUGCUUUCCUGGAGACGCAUCCUAGGUUGCCGAACCAGCGAGCACUGAUGGUUUCUCUGAUUCCGAAAUUUGGCUUGCCCCAGAGUGCUUCUGAGAUUAUCCUUCUGAUUGAUCGCAGUGGCAGUAUGGAGGACAAAAUUCCAACCCUUCGAUCGGCGCUCGAAGUGUUCCUCAAGUCCCUCCCAAUUGGUAUCCAUUUCAAUAUCGUGUCGUUUGGGAGCGAGAGCACUUCUCUGUGGCCGCGCAGCAAGAUAUGUUAUCGAGGAAACUUGGAGGAAGCUCUGAAGUACACAAAGAAAAUCAAAGCCGAUAUGGCCAUGAAAGAAAUUUCGGCACGGUUUUUCACUUUGGGUAUUGGAAAUACUGUUUCCCAUUCACUCAUCGGUGGAAUUUCUCGAGCGGGUAUGGGGUUCUCUCAGUCCGUCCAGAACUAUGAAGAGCUAGACAAAACGGUUGUACGAAUGCUAAAGGGUGCAUUGAUGGCGCGUGUGACCGAUGCUAUCUUGAACAUGAACUUGCUGGAUAUCGAAGGCGAAGAUUUCGUGGCGGUCGAGCUGAUUAAAGAACACACCAAGGAAGGUCUUGCAGAAGGAACUAAAAAGCCGAUCGAAUUAUUUGACGACAAAUACGAAGAAUCUGACAAUUCCCCCCUUUUCCCAUUCAUUCGAUCCACGAUCUACGUUCUCCUCUCUGGCGAGAUCUCAUCCUUUCCUGAGACAAUCAGUCUUCGUGCGAAGAGCGACCAUAGUCCAUUGGAACUAGAUAUUCCGGUCCAAGACAUUGGACACGGCGAAACCAUCCAUCAGCUGGCAGCUAAAAGAGCGAUGGGCGAACUGGACGAAGGACAUGGGGAUGAAGAUGAAUCAGACGAAGACAUGGGAUUUGGUCUUUUUGAUGGACCAAGCGAAGAGGAUACGGCGGAUGAGGAGAAUUCAGUACUUCGACCAGCAAUGAAAAUUUGUCGCAAGGCGGCUGCUCCAGACUCCGAAGGAGAGGCUGGGAGUGAUGAGGACGACAAAGAAAUGUUGAAGUCGCAUUCCAUGGAUGGGUCGUCUGCAUUGCAUAUGCUUAUAUCUAUGCAAACAUUUGACGGUUACUGGGAUUGGUACAAUGAGCUUCUCCAGGCACUUGGUCUCGAACCAGAAAGCGCCAAAGCCAAAUUGCAGACACAUUACAAAGCUUUGACUGGGAAAAAUUCCGAUAUUUGGAGCCUGACUGUUUGGAAGAAGGUUCUUGUUACUUGUCUUGUGGGCCACUUUCUGCAAACGCAGCUUUCGGACUCGAAGGACGUUUGGGAGUUUCUCAAGGAAAGGCGGAUAUUUGGGUGCAGAAAUCUUUAA